GUUCCUUAAAUUUCCUUUCCUUUGUCACACGGCCCCAAUAACAUGGAAUUGCGCAAUACCUCGACUCUUGAGCGUAAUGGGUCACCACACUAAAUGAUGAUAUUGAUUCCCUUGGGGCUCAUUUCUUUUCCUUAUCAUGACUACCAUUCUCCCCUUCUUGCAAGAACCCUCGGUACAAGAGAGAUACAGUGGUGAGAAGGACGAUCGCACCCCUAGUCCCACCUUGAACGAGCAGAAACCACCUCUCGGAAUACCGGUAGACAAUGUCGGCGGAGGCCUAUGGGGUAGACUGAAGAGGUCCUACGUUGAUCUUGAUAGUAUUGCCACACAACCCUCAGUCUUCGACGACCCUACCACUUGCGAAGUCUACCGACCACCACCACAAUAUGAGAAUGCGCAUAAGUUCGAUCCUGACGCGCGGUGGACCUGGAGGGAAGAAAAGAAACUUGUGCGAAAAAUCGACUGGCGGGUCAUGUUAUGGGCCGGCGUUAUGUUCUUCGCGCUCGAUUUAGAUCGAAACAAUAUUUCCCAGGCGAACACUGACAAUUUUCUACCGGACCUCGGUAUGACAACCAACGACUAUAACUUGGGCAAUUCUCUAUUUAGGAUUGCUUUCCUCAUAGCAGAAUUACCAUCGCAGCUUGUUUCGAAAAGGGUGGGGCCCGAUGUGUGGAUUCCCUUCCAGAUGGUUGUAUGGAGUAUAGUAGCAUUGAGCCAGUUUUGGUUGAGUGGGCGCGCCUCUUUCCUUCUUACAAGAUUUCUGCUUGGUUUUCUACAGGGUGGCUUCAUCCCGGAUGUGGUUCUGUAUCUUUCCUAUUUCUACACCAAGACCGAAUUGCCUAUUCGUUUAGCCUUCUUCUGGGUAUCAAACUAUAUCGCCGUGAUCGUGAGCGCCUUCCUGGCAACUGGUAUUCUCAAACUGGAUGGAUUCCGGGGGCGUGCUGGAUGGCGUUACCUUUUUCUAAUUGAAGGAGUGGGCACGCUCUUGGUCGGCAUUUGUUCUUUUCUCAUGUUACCGCCCGGCCCCACGCAGACAAAAGCAUGGUUCAGGCCUAAAGGCUGGUUCACCGAACGCGAGGAAGUCAUCUUGGUGAAUCGUAUUCUUCGCGAUGAUCCCUCAAAGAGUGAUAUGCAUAAUCGACAAGGUCUCUCGGUUGGAGCAAUAUGGAAAGCACUUCAAGAUUGGAGAAUGUGGCCCAUUUACAUUCUCGGUCUCACGCAUAUGAUGCCCGUGGGCCCACCUCAGAAUUACCUGACUCUUUCGUUGCGGCACCUUGGGUUCAACACUACACAGUCAAAUCUCCUCACUAUUCCCUCCAGUGUUCUCGGCCUGCUCAUGUUACUAUUUUGCGCCUACUUGAGUGAGAUCAUCAACAGCCGGGUUUUCGCCACAAUUAUCCUACAGCUAUGGGCGUUACCUCUGCUUGUUGCACUUUAUACCUUCAAUGCUCAAACAUCGCAAUGGGUUUACUAUGCUGUCGUUACCCUUAUAACUGGGUUUCCUUAUGUACAUCCUAUUCAGGUAGGAUGGGCAUCUAGAAAUUCGUACAGCGUUCGAACAAGAACUGUUUCAGCUAGCGUUUACAACAUGUUUGUGCAGGCAGGAGCGGUAGCUUAUGCCAAUAUAUAUCGGACGAAGGAUGCGCCAUUAUACAAGAAUGGAAAUCGUGCUCUCCUUGGUAUCUGCUCCAUGAACAUCGUACUAUAUAUAGGGACAUACUUCUUUUACAAAUCCAUAAACAAACGACGAGAUAGGAUAUGGAGCGCCUGGUCGAAAGAGCAACAACAGGAAUAUCUGGAAACAACCCGGGACGAAGGAAAUCAGCGACUAGAUUUCAGAUUUGCGUACUAGGAUCUUUCCGCACAGCAACAGGAAGGAAGGAAGUGCUGGCGAGUUCAUACUACUAGUGAAUAUAGUAUAGCGUUAUUAUGUAUCUAGUACAA